AUGGCUGGCUCCGAGUGCAAUCGUAAACAUGGGGCGAGCCGACACCUUCGAGCGAAGACAGUGCGCCCACCGAUUUAUGCUCCCUCGGUCGCUCGCAAAAAUCUGUCUGUCGCAGUGGCGAUAACCUUUGCCGUUUCCCUCGUACUUUGGCUUUACAGCCAAACCAUCCCCUCAAGCUUGAAGUGGACAUGGCUGCGCACGCCUCCGGAAGAGUGGGAAGACCGGAGGCAGCAGGUGAAAGAUGCUUUUGUCACUAGUUGGGACGCAUAUUCGAAAUAUGCCUGGGGCUAUGACCAAUUCCACCCCAUCUCCAAGAAGGGCUCGAUGAUGAGCCCGAAGGGCUUAGGUUGGAUCAUCGUCGAUAGUCUCGAUACAAUGAUGAUUAUGAAUCUUACCUCCCAGCUCACCCAUGCCCGACUUUGGCUGCAUCGGAAACUCGACUACGACCAAGACCAGGAUGUGAACACCUUCGAGACUACCAUCCGCAUGCUUGGCGGGCUUCUUUCUGCUCACUACCUGUCCACGUUGCUGCCCGGAGUCUCUUCGCGGAGGGACAAUAUUUAUCUUUCCAAGGCCGUGGAUUUGGCUGAUAGACUGCUCAGUGCAUACGACUCACCUUCCGGGAUCCCAUACGCAAGCAUUCACUUGGCAUCCCGCAGGGGCAUUCGAUCGCAUGCCGACGGCGGUGCCUCAUCUACGGCUGAGGCAACGACGUUACAACUCGAGAUGAAGCACUUAUCAAACAUUACUGGCAACGAUAUAUACUGGCGCAAAGCUGCAAAGGUGAUGGAAGUUUUGGAUGGCAUUGGCAUACCCGAUGGCCUGGUACCCAUAUUUGUGGAGCCGCAUUCGGGCAGUUUUACAACCAGAGAGAUUCGUCUUGGAAGUCGGGGUGAUUCGUACUAUGAGUACCUCAUUAAACAGUACUUGCAAACCUCAGAGACAAUAUACCUUGAUAUGUGGGAGGAGGCUCUGGCAGGAAUUCAGAAGCAUCUGAUCAUCCCCACUAAGCACGCGAAGCUCAAUAUUGUUGCCGAACUACCCAGUGGAAUUGGCGGUGCUCUGUCUCCGAAAAUGGACCACCUCGUGUGCUUCCUGCCGGGCUCCAUCGCACUCGGCGUCACUGACGGACUGACCGAGGCUGAGGCGCGGCGCCUGCCUAGCUGGAGUGCCGAAAAAGCCCAGCAAAUGAAACUGGCGAGAGAGCUGACGAAGACGUGCUGGGGUAUGUACAAAGUCACGGAAACUGGCAUUGCGCCCGAGAUUGUCUGGUUCCGCACUGACGAGGCGUCGUUGCAAUCGAGAAGCAACAAGCCUCCAUCGCUGGCUCGGAGCUCCAAUUCCGAGGCCAUUUGGAAGGAAGACUACGACAUCAAACCGCUUGAUGCGCACAACCUACAGCGUCCAGAGACGGUAGAAAGCUUGUUCGUAAUGUGGCGAAUCACGAAGGAUCCUAUUUACCGGGAGUGGGGUUGGGAAAUCUUCAAAGCUUUCCAGAAACACUCAAUCGUUGGGCUCGGAGAAGGGUAUUCAUCUCUCAACAACGUGAAUGCGAUUCCGCCACCUCGACGGGACAACAUGGAGAGCUUUUGGCUGGCCGAAACGCUCAAGUACCUUUAUCUAUUGUUCUCGCCGGACGAUGUUCUGCCGCUUACUGAAGUCGUCUUCAAUACAGAAGCGCAUGUGCUCCCCAGAAUCAGCUUAGGGAAAUUCAAGACUGGAUGGGAACGGAAGCGCGAGAAGAGAAACUAAAUUUGAUCUAUGCACGAUUGAUGUCAAUACCUUGAAGGUUGAAAUAUCAGAAACAUGAAUAGAUAGGGUUUAGCGGUAUUCAGUCAUAAAACUUUCAAAAGAUUAGAGGUCGGGAUUUACUUAAAUUUAAGAAAGCUUUGAUCUCCC